GCGAGUGCACUACGCUGGUAAGCGGACGCCAGCGCUUUCAACUAUCAGAUCUAUUCGAUUAUCAAUGUUAUGCAGUGUCAUGUGUACUAAACUCCAAGUGUUGUAGUGUUUGUUUUCUCUCUUUCUUUCCAAAGAUUCUCUACACAGUGCUUACUCGGUUAUUCCACCGUGUGCUUGCAAAUUAGCACUUGAUAAGUGAUGAUAGAAGUACUGGUGAAGCUAAUCCGAAGAUGAAAAGGAAGAAAAUUAUCGCGUGAAAGCCUGACGAGCCCUUAAAAUUUUACUUGCGGGGAAGCUAUUUUUGUUUGUUUUCGUUCUAUUGUAUCAUCUAGUAAGAGACGUAAAAUUGUCGAGGGUGUCGAUAAAAGAAAAAAAAGGAAUGCAGGAGAUUGUGAUGGGAGUCUGCAGGUGGCGACCGGGUGAGCGGUGAUGAGUUCGUUUGGCGAUCGGCGAGUUGGCCAUGAUGCGCCCGUGAUAGUACUGCCGGGCAGUACCACUAGGCUCACAACACAGCUAUGUCUACUUACUUUUGCCUGCUUUUCUCUUCUCUUCUGAUUUAUUUUGGUGGAUUCGUGAAUUCAUCGCGAAACUUUCGUACAGACUUUCUGCAAGAACUACCAACACCAGGCACGGGUCCGCACUUUGAUGUAGCAAUGAACACGAAUUUCACGGGAUUAGUUGGCAAAACUGUGCAUCUAAUCUGCAAAGUAAAAAAUUUAGGAAACAGAACAGUGUCUUGGGUGAGGCAUCGUGACAUCCACUUGUUGACGGUUGGCCGCUACACGUACACAAGCGACCAACGUUUCGAGGCGUUACACUCACCUCACAGCGAAGAGUGGACGCUGAAAAUACGUUACGCACAACGCAAGGAUUCAGGUAUCUACGAGUGCCAGAUAUCCACGACUCCACCCAUUGGCCAUCCGGUCUAUCUCACAAUAGUCGAGCCAGAAACCCACAUAAUCGGCGCGCCUGAUCUUUUUGUCAAUAAGGGUAGCACCAUCAACCUCACCUGUCUAGUAAAAUACGCACCCGAGCCACCACCAAAGAUGACCUGGAGUCACAAUGCCGAGGAGAUCAACUUCGACUCGCCGCGUGGUGGUAUCAGUCUUGUGACGGAAAAGGGCCCCGAGACGACGAGUCGACUGAUGAUCCAGCGUGCAGUGCCGAACGAUUCUGGCGUCUAUACGUGCCAGCCGAGCAACGCCAAUCCGAGUAGCAUACGGGUGCACGUCGUCAAAGAGGAGCAUCCAGCAGCAAUGCAUCAUGGCGACGGUAGUGCGUCAUUCGUCAGGUCUGCAUCGACGGCCCCGUUAAUGCUAGUAAUAGUCAACGUGAUGUUUGUAUAAAGCCAACCGCAAACUUUCGCCGAUUGUGAUAUGUGUGCGUGUGGGUGUAUGUGAUAUAUAUAUGACGGGCUCUAAUUGUGAGAAUACGAGUACGUACCUGUAUAUGUCGUCGGGUAGUUGUAUGAAUGUGUCUAUCUCUUAUGAAUGCGCGCACGGGUCUGAAUGAAAGCGACUGGCCUAACACUGACCGUUGCUUCUUUUUUCGUAUUGUAUUCAGCACUGGCUCUGUUAUAUUCGUAUAAGGAAUUUAGUAUUUUGUUAUUCGACGAGUAAACAAAGAAAUUUCUUUGUGGGUGUGGCGAAGAUUUUCAGGAUUAGGACAUUUGUAAAUAACAUUCACUGUAUGUACAUAUCAAUAAAACAAUUGUCUUUGAAAUAGUCAAACC